UGAUGACAAUCGAUCCCAAGAUCUCUUAGAAACGAGAGGGAAGCUCUAACCACUCGAGUUAUCCCUCACUCUCUACUUUGUUAAUCUUUGGUUGGAAAAAAGUGAUGAGAGAGAAAAUAGUGAGAUAAUGGAGUUGUUAUGAAAGUAAAAUUGUAGAUGUCCAAAUAUAAAAUAUGACAAAAUUAACAAGAUGGACUAAAAAGGAAAUUGAUGAAUAUAGAGAACGAAUAUAUUACAAGUAAAAAAUUACUGUGUGAAACUGUGAAAGGAGAGGUUUGUAAUUUUAUUUUUUUAUAAUAAAAUGAGAAUUUAAUAAAAACUUCCUUGGGAAGAUAUACAAUUAUACAUCGCGAUGCUAAAAAAAAAAAAAAAACUAGGGAAAUCUUUUUUCAAAAAACAAGAAGGUGGAAAAUUUUUCAAAAAUCUCUCCUCUUUCACCCUUAAAACUACUCCGCCAAUUUAUCGCCGUCAUCAAUCUUCUUUCUUCAUCAGUUCAGCAUUCCUAAAGAGGAGUGCCAACCCUUAAUCUACUAUGAAACACGCCAAAUACGAAAAUUCCACAUUGAUGGGGUUAACAGAUGAUUUAAUCCAUGAAAUCCUGCUUCGAAUGCCUGCAAAAUCCUUAGGAAGGCUCAGAUGUGUGUGCAAAAAAUUGAAUUCCCUAAUCUCAGACCCCGAAUUUGCCAUAUCUCAUAUCAAUUUUUUGUACUCGGCUGCUAAUCCACCCUUAACCGUUGCUAUGCUUAGAUAUAAUACCUUGUCAUCGCUCAAGUUUAGUAGUUAUGCUGAUAUCACUGAGGGCGUAAAGUUAAACCCAUGGGGAAGACAAUUCGACAAGGAUGACACUUUCGAGGGUUGUUACUUUUUCAUGAUUGGAUCAUGUAAUGGCCUUGUAUGUCUUUACAUUAAGGAGAUGGAUAAGAAAAGAUAUGAUGAGGAUUUUAUGUAUCUUUGGAACCCUAUCACCAAUAAAGCUAGAGAAAUUUCAUUGCCUGUUGGAGGGAUUUCGACUUAUGUUUAUGUAGAUUCUGGCUGGUUUGGCUUCGUUCAAUCCUCAAAUGACUACAAGAUCCUCUUAGUUUCUGAAAAAUAUAAGCCAUACCAUGAAAAGUACAUGUAUUUGUACUCGUUGAGGAAUGAUAGUUGGAGAAGGAUACGUGUUAGUGAUGAUGAUUUGUCUUCCAUUUCGGGAUCUAACUCAGUAUUCAAGGAUGAUUCAUUGCAUUACCUUGUUCACGGCAAAUGCAUACUGAAAUUUUAUUUGGUUACUGAAGCCUUUGAGAGGAUACCCUUCUCGAUUGUGCCUGAGCUAUUUCCGAGUGUCAAUCAGAUGCUGCUGGGUGUCAUUGGAGAAUCUGAUUGUCUUUGUGUAGCGUUUGUUCAUUAUUCUCACAAUGAAUUUGGGGAUGACUCAACGGAGGAAGACUCAACAGAAGAUUCCGAGGAAGACUCAGAGUCAGAUACCGAGGAAGAAAUUGAGGAAGGGGAAUGGAUGUUAGAGCUGUGGAUGUUGGAGGAAUAUAACAAUUGGGGUUCUUGGAAGAUAACGUAUAGGAUUGACUUGCAAGAGGAGAUUGCUGGAUGUUGCAUCAGAGUAUUAGGGCUUACGUACAAUGGCAUUAUCUGCAUUCAAGCCGUAAAUCAUGGACUUGUGGUUGUUGAUCCACAUUGGGAUCUGCCAUCAUAUGUUAUUGUGAGAAAUUCUUGUUCUAAGGUUUACAAGAUGAACGAUUAUGUAGAGAGUAUUGUUUCCCCCUUUUCUCCUUUUCCUCUUGAUGGUGAAGAUGAAGAUGACGAUGAUGAUGAUGAUGGUGAUAAUGAUGAUGUUGAUGAGGAAGAGGAAGAGGAAGAGGACGAAGAAGAUGGUGGUGAUAGUGAUGGUAGUGGUGGCGAUGGUGUUGGUGGUUAUAUUCAUUGUGGAUCAAUUACUACUUUUGUGGGAUCUUUAAUUUCUAUGGGAUUACAAAGAACUAAAGAAGUACACAGUGGGUCUUUUGGAUGCAGGAGACAGUUUAUGCCUAAUGCUGUGGCCGUCGAUUGGGAAUUGUCCUGGAAGAUUUGA